AUGGACUCGAACAACGGAACCCCCGCCCCUUUCCCUAUGGCAGGAAUGGGGGAGAUGAAACGGGGCAAGCCUCCCGUGAACAACGGCCGCGUUUCACCUAGAACCCCAGGGCAGGCGCCUCCUCAAAAGAAGCCUAUCGGCGCGCCAAAGAAGAAGGUGGUAAAGAAAGCGCUACCUAAAGCCCCUGCGGGAGACCCGAUGGAGGAGUUUUUCGCUAUUAUGGAGCAGUUUGUCGACGAGCCCGAGGAGAUGGAAUGCCCGAUUCAGCGUGCCAGCUCUGUCAAAGAGGGGCACGAGAUGCAAUCAUUGGUUGACGCGCUGAAGGCGGAAAUCAAGGCGAAGGACAAGCUUCUCGAAGCUUCGGAGAAAGAGCAACAGAUGCUGCAGGAAGAGUUGAAGCACGCGUGGAACAGCACCGACGAGCUUCAGCGACAGUUUAACGACUCAGAGGCGCUCGUCUUGAAGUUGCAGCAUGAGAACGAAGUUCUGCGAUCCGCGAAGCGUGUGUUGACGACGUCGCCCACUGACCUGUCGCGGAGGCUAGCUGCCACGGAGUCGCGCAACGUGGAAUUGGCGGAAAAAAUGGCAGCAUGUGAGAAGGAGCUCGAGAUGACAAAGAUCGCACUUCAGCAGGCGGCGCAAGAAAGGGAUUCGCUCGCGGAGGAAAUGGAGGCGGCACUUGCAAGCUGGGCGGUUGACAGCCCCGCAACUCCUGCCAGCGGGAUUUCGUCUGGAACCUUCUCGCAUUCGACGUCCACGUCAUCAAACUCCAGUUCCCAAGACGAGGUUCAGCAACUCGCGAUGGCUCUCGACGGUGUGCAGAGGGAGCUUCGCGUGGUGCGGGGCGAGAGAGACGCGCUUAUGGCUGCGGUGCGUCCCAGCGGGCGGGUGAAUGUGAACAGCCCAGCUGGCCGCUCCCUACGAAAAUCCUCGUCAGCUUUGUCCGUACCCUCAAGCCAGCAGCAACAGCAGGCGGCACAGUUCAACUACAAAGCCAUCCGCCAGACUGUCGAUUCCAACCCUCGUGUCCACUUCGCGGAGCCUAUCGCUUCACGUCUCCCCCUCGCCUCCUCCGCGCCCUGCUAA